CCCGGGCUAGAAGGGGCAAGAGGCACGUGACUCAGGGGCCCAGCACCCCUCUUGAGCAAGAGGCUUCCCGCAAGGGGCUUGACGUGCGAAACUGCAGUGUGGUGACCCAGAAACCCUCACGUGUGAUCAGCUCGGCGGGUCGUGCUGUGUGUGCACAUGUGCGUGCACACAGUGUGGCUGCAGGCUCAGCGCUCACCUGCUUCCUCUCAGAGCCGUGCCAGCGGCCAAGAUGGUAGACCACCUGGCGAACACGGAGAUCAACAGCCAGCGCAUCGCUGCUGUCGAGAGCUGCUUCGGGGCCUCGGGGCAGCCACUGGCCCUGCCGGGCCGGGUGCUGCUGGGCGAGGGCGUGCUGACCAAGGAGUGCCGCAAGAAGGCCAAGCCACGCAUCUUCUUCCUCUUCAAUGACAUCCUGGUGUAUGGCAGCAUCGUGCUCAACAAGCGCAAGUACCGCAGCCAGCACAUCAUCCCCCUGGAGGAGGUGACGCUGGAGCCGCUGCCCGAGACCCUGCAGGCCAAGAACCGCUGGAUGAUCAAGACGGCCAAGAAGUCCUUCGUGGUGUCCGCCGCCUCCACCACGGAGCGCCAGGAGUGGAUCAGCCACAUCGAGGAGUGUGUGCGGAGGCAGCUGCUGGCCACUGGCCGCCCGCCCAGCAAGGAGCACGCCGCGCCCUGGAUCCCCGACAAGGCCACGGACAUCUGCAUGCGCUGCACGCAGACCCGCUUCUCGGCCAUCACCCGGCGCCACCACUGCCGCAAGUGUGGCUUCGUGGUCUGCGCCGAGUGCUCCCGGGAGCGCUUCCUCCUGCCGCGCCUCUCGUCCAAGCCCCUGCGUGUCUGCAGCCUCUGCUACCGCGAGCUGGCUGCUCAGAAGCAGAAGGAGGAAGAGGAGCAGGGCAUGGGGUCCCCCGGGCAGCUGGCCCACCUGGCCGGAGCCUCCAGUGGAGACGACGAAGACUCGGAGGAGGACAAGGAGUGCAGUGAGGGUGGCGACUGGUCCAGUCACUUCAAGUUCUACACCUCAGGCCUCUCCUGGUCAUCCUUCCACAGCUGACCCGGGUCUGCAGAUGUGAGGCUGGGGGUGGGGGGUGGGGGUCCCUAGUCAUUUCUGCAUCCAAGCCUGCUCUGGGCCCACCACAGGACAGCGCCCCCAGAGCUCACCCCAAGGACUCACCCCCACAGGAGGCAGGCACAGUGAGACAUCUGGGCCCUCUGGACCCCAGGACCUUUCUGCUUUUCCACUACAGGUAAUUAUCUCUCUCCUUAGCAAACCUAAAACCUCAGGCCUCUUGAGAACUAACUGUUUCUCGGCCCUGCCGGCUGCAGUUCCAAGCCCAUGAAUUACAUGACCACAGAUAUCUUUAGGGAGCAGAUGUGACUGGAGUGAGGUCUCCUCUCCUCUUAAACCUAAGCACACCCCCAGGGAAGACUGAGUGCUGGGAGGCCUGCAGGAAGCUGAGGCCUGCCCACCCCUACCCCUCAGACCGAUGCAGGGGGGCCUCAUCAGACAGGGUGUGACAGCUUACCAGAGUCAGACAAGAGAGUGCUGUGCUGUGGGUGCCCCCAGGCCUGGGGACUGCAGCCUGAGCUCCCCGCAGCUUCUGACCUGGUCUCAUCUCUUCCACGUGUCUGGCGCCUCUCGGUCCUCAUCUCUACCUGCAAGUGACAGGAACCCAACCCAGACUGACUCAAUAAAAAAGAAAAGUGUAUUGACCUGUGUG